AUGUCACCUGAUUCCAUGAAAGAUAAUAAUAUGAACAUGGAUGAUAUGGCUAUGCACAUGACCUUUUUCUGGGGCAAAGAUGUGGUGGUUCUGUUUGACGGGUGGCCAAACGGCCGCCUUGGCAUGUACAUACUGGCUCUGGUCUCUGUGUUCUUGCUGGCGGUGGCUGUUGAAAUCUUGGCGGCGCCACCUAUAAAACCGAGGAUGAAGCCUUUGAGUGGUGGCUUGAUUCAGGCUGCUGUAUAUGCUAUUCGCAUGGCUCUUGCUUACUUGGUCAUGCUGUCUGUCAUGUCCUUCAAUGUCGGAAUCUUCAUUGCCGCGGUGACCGGCCAUGCUGUGGGGUUUUUUUUCGUCAAGUACAGGGCGAUAGCAGCCGGUCACAAGAUGUCUGUGACAGAAGAUCGUGGACCUUCAUAUAGUGCAGAUUUUUCUCCAGAUUUUGCUGCUACAUUAACCACUUGA